CCCAGUUGAUUUUUUUUCUUUCCGUCACUCACACUAAUUUCAUAUUUCAUAUUUAUCGAUUGUUCAGUCGGUGUGCCGUGUCGUGGCAUAUGAAAUUGUGUUAUUGUAUUUUGUUAUUGUUUACCAAGUUACAAUCUUGCGGCGCAUCUAAUCCAGUCAGAACAAUGGCCGACGUUAGUGUUGACCUGACCAACAAGAACAGCACAGAACUGGUGGCGCAGGGAAUUCGAGCCUACAUACUUCAAAACUACAGUGUCGCCGUCCAAGCAUUGAGUCGUGCCACCGAACUACUCGUCCAAGAACACACCGACGACCUACACGAAUCUCUCGCCGAGGUCUACCUUUAUUAUGGAAAAUCUCUGCUCGCAUUGGCGAGAAGCGAGUCUGAUGCCCUCGGCGAUGCCGUGCCCAAAAACGAACAGGACGGUGACGAUGAUGACACCGAAGGCGGUGAUGAGGAACUCGAAAAAGAAGGAGAGGACGGAAAUGAACAGUUGGAGAAUGGAGAGAACGAGAAAAAGGAUGAGGAUGUGAGAGUUGAAGAGAACGGUGUUGCUGGGCCGUCGGGAGACAACGAAGAUGAAAAGACUGACGAGGAACCAACAGACUUGCAGGUCGCGUGGGAAGUUUUAGAAUUAGCUAAGAAAAUUUUCGAAAGAAAAGGUGAAGAUGGUAAAAAGUUUUUGGCAGAUACACUGAUAGUUUUGGGUGAGAUAUCAUUGGAAAGCGAGAAUUUCGAAUCGGCGGUAAACGAUAUGAAACAGGGUCUGGAAAUUCAGAAGGCCAUUUAUUCAUCAGACAGUCGUACCAUUGCGGAAUCAUUCUACAAAUUGGGAAUAACCUAUGCAACCAACACACAAAUUGAAGAAGCUGUUGAUUGCUUCAAAAAAUCGUUGGACUAUUUAAAUAACAGAAUUAACGUUUUGGAAAAGGCAGAGGAUAAAAAGGAUUCGGUCCAGGAAGAAAUUGAUGAGAUUAAAGGAUUGAUUCCAGAUAUCGAAGAAAAGAUCGCAGAUAUGAAAAAUUAUAAAGAAGAGGCUAUUAAAAAUCUGAGCGCAGCACUCAGCGACCCAAAGAUUGAAGAAGGAACUUCAAGUUCUAGUUCGAAACAAGUCUCCGACAUUUCGCAUUUGGUGCGUCGCAAAAGGAAACCCGAAGAUAUGGAAAAUGACGCGUGUCCUGCAAAAAAACCAAAUGUUUAAUUAUUAUUCGUUAUAUCAAUUUGAUUUUAAAAAUAAAUAUUUAGUAUGAUUGCUGGCA